GUUAUUGUUCUCGUCUGUGGUUGAAUCUGGUAUUUAACAGUUAUCGACGGGGCAGACUGGAAAUUAGAACGAUUGAGGAGACUAGGAGAAUCUUUAGCAUUUUGUGAAUUAAUAGAUGAUCGGGUCAUGGCGUAUGUUAAUGUGGCUGAAUGGAAAACUGAGCAAGUGUGCGAAUGGUUGAAAGGUUUGGAUAAUUCUGUUCUUCCCUAUGUACAUAGUUUUACAAAUCAUGGUGUCAAUGGACAACAGUUGUUAAAUUUAAGGCCUGAAGAUCUAGAACAUCUUGGUGUAUUAAAACUUGGUCACCAGGAAAUUAUUCUUGAAGCUGUAGAAUAUCUGAGGAAUUUUCAUUAUGAACUUGAUCGUGAAAAUCUGCAAUUAUUGGCACUACGAUUAUCUUGUCAGGCUCACAGUUUACAAAAUGAAUUAUCUCAUCAGACAGAUUCAAAGCCUGUUACAACUCAAACAUUAUCUGAUGUAGCAUCAGUUAUAAUGGCUGUAAAACCAUUAGUAAGGUGGCUUGAUCGACCUCCCUUUAGUGGACAAUUAGAGUAUAAUGAUAAAAAAGUUGAAUUAAUGAAACUAGCUUUGGAAAUGGCCACAUGUGCACAGAGAGAUAGAUUUGCAGAAAAACCAAUAGAAGAAAUUAGAAAAAUUUGUGGACAAUUAGCAAAAUUGGCAGAUUAUGUAAUACAAGAUAUUGCUGAUCCUAUGAUACUACAACCUGCUAGUUUAGAUUUGGCAACAUUAAAAAAGAAACCAGGAGAUGAUUUAGGAUUUUAUAUUUUACCAUCUUUUCAUGGAGCUCAUCAAAUUGCUGAAAUUAAAUUUGGAUCAGCUGCACAUCAGUGUGGUAAAAUGGAAGAAGGAGAUGAAAUUGUCCAAGUAAAUUAUCAGACUGUAGUUGGUUGGGAACGGAAAAAUCUUUUAGAAUUAUUUCGCGAAAGUCCGGCAGAAGUAUUAUUAACUUUAAAACGUAGACCAAGACAUACAAAAAUAUAUGGCCAAAUUUACAUAAAACCAUAUAGACUUCCAAGCAAUAAAAAAACAUCUUACACAACACGAUGGCAACAUAAUCUUCCUUCACCAAGACCAGAAUUGUUAACUAUACCAGAUUUUACAAUGCCAUUACCAAGGCCAAAGAAUCCCAGUCCAGAACCUACAAGUAUUCUAGAUACUGUUAAUAUACUAGAUACAAUGAUUAUAGAUAGUAGCGACUCGGACAGUGAAACAGAACCACCUUUAUCAAUUCGAUUAUAUUCUACAAAACCAAGAAAUUCAGUUCAAAGACGAGCUACUAUAACUGGUGCUAGUCCAACUUCCAAGCAUGGAAUUGAUAUAGAACAAUUUUGGAAAGAAUUGAAACAAGAACAUAGUACAACUUCUCAAUUACGGGACAAAGCAGCAUCUUGUGCUCAUGGUUUAGAUAAUGUACCAUCUAAUUUACGCCCACAAACAUGUAUAUCUAUAGAACAAAGCAAAAGAAAAAGAAGAAAUGAUGAACAAACUAACGAUAAGAAAGUACAGUUUCAAGAUAAACCUAUGAAACAUGAUGUUCCUCAAAUAGAUAAUACAAUCAACGUAAUAAAGGAUGAAUGUAAAAUUACUGAAAACUGCGAGGAAUUGUGUAGUAAUACAAAUACAUCCAGCCAAAUUUCUUUAACAUCUGCUAAUGUUACCAAUAACAAUAACUUGAGUGAUACAUGUGUGCCUUUAGAUGAAUGCAACAAUUUUAUUAGAGAUAGUAAUAGUAAAAAUACGAUAAGCAAUAAAGAACUUAGUAUAUGUAAUGGUAAAGAACGAGGAAGAUUAGAUAAAAGUCACAGUACGCCAGCAUACGAUUUAAUGGAUGACAAUAUAGAAGAUACAAGACAAAAGUUUCAUGUGCUAGAACUGUCUACAAAUAAUGUAAGCAAUGUAUCAAGUAAGACUGAUGUUCAAUUGACUAUCGCAAGUUUUGAAGAUCAACAAAAAUUAAAAAAUGUUGAUGAAAAAAAACAAAGUAUGGAAAUAAAUUUUGAUAGUAAUAUUGUUCAAAAAUAUAAUGAUACUGAUAAAUUAUAUAUGCAAGAUAAGGAAAAAAAGCAAUGUUCUAAAUCCUCUGAAUAUUUAGACUCAUUUAAAAAUAAAGUAACUGAUGCAACUCAUAAGAUCAGUAUAGAAAAUAACCAAAGCAAUAAUGAAUGUAUUAGCACUGAUGUAAAUAAUUAUGACAAAAAGAAUGUAACGAACAGUUUAAAUGUUGAAAUGAAAAAUACAUCGAAAGUAUGUAAUACUCAAAACUUUGCAAAUAACUCAAAUUCUAAUCAUGAAACUAACGAAGAUAGAUUGGAAUUAAUAAAUAGUUUUGUACAAAAUAGUGAAGAAAAUAAUUCAGAUCUAAAUAAAUUUGAAAAGAUUCUUCAAACAUUUAAUGGACCAAAUCAUUGUGAUUCGAUGGAACAUAAAAAAUUAAUGGAGAAAAAGUCUAAUAUAUCAAUAAAAGAAAAUAUGCAAGUUCAAAGACAAAUAUGGACAAAUAAUGAUCUAAAUUCUACUGAAGAUAAUAAACAAAUGUAUAAUGAUAUUGCUAAUAAUAUUACUCGAAGCAUUCCUCAAAUUCAGGUCUGUCAAAAAGUACAGAAUGAUAAUACAAAAAAUGAAGAUUUAAUUACUCAAGAAAAUGCAGUACAAUUGUGCAAAUCUGCAGAAAUAACAAAAACUGAAUUUAGUAAGAAGCUAGAAAAUAAACCUCAUCUAAUUCCUCCAGAUCCGCCUCCACGUAAAUACUAUUCGAAGUUAACAAUGGAUUCAUUAAGUAAUACUUCAAAAACAUUUGAAAAUCAAGAAAAAUCUUGUAUAACGGAAAAAGUUAAUACUAGAAAAGAUCUAAAAAGUGUGGAAUAUUAUACGGAAAAUCAUAUCAAAAGUACCUUAGAUCAUCAAGAUAAACAGGAUUAUUUUGAUGUUUGUAAUAGUUUUACAGAAAAAUUAGAAUUUAUUGACGAUAUAAAUACUCUAGAUAAUGAACGUAGACCUAGUUUAAACUUAGAUUCUGCAUAUUUAGAAUAUAAUGAUAAGCAAACAAAGGAAAAUAAGUUUAUCUGUGAUAAGUAUGAACCUAUUGUUGAGAAAUCUGUAUAUACCAAUUUAACAAUGGAAUACCAUGAUAUUGAAUCUUAUUCUCAGAAUAUGGAUUCUUCAGAUGGUUCAUGCUCUUCAAAGCAUCUAGAUCAUAAAUCUAAAGUGUCUGAAAAAGAAAAAAGUUUUGAAAAAGGUGUGGUUAAUAAAGCUAUGAUGGUCGCUAGAAGUAUUGGAUUACAUGGAAGUUUAAGUAAAUCUUCUAGUAGUAGUCCCAGAAGUAAUAGAAAACGAAGUAUAUUAUUUGCAAGAAAAAGAAAUAUUUCUGUUAAAGAUAUAGGCACAGGUGAUUUAGAAGGAUGGUUAACAUAUCGCACAAGAGGCGCUGGAGGUGCUUGGGCGAAAGCUUGGUUUGUUUUAAAGUGUUCUUCCUUGUACAGGUUUAAAACUCAAAACAGUAUGAAAGCAGACUGUCUCAUAGCUUUAACAGGAUUUACCGUAUCUCGAGCUGCCGAAGUAAAAUCAAGAAAAUAUGCGUUUAAGGUUUACCACACAGGAACGGUAUUUUAUUUUGCUGCAGACACUGAGGAUUUUCUUGCCUUAUGGGUAGAUGCAAUUAACAAAGCAACCUUAGAAUAUAAACUGAACUUCGACAAAUCAUUCGGAUCAUUAAAAAAAGUUGUUCGUAAAGAUUCUCCCUCGUAUAGGGAUCAUGAAAUCAGUGGUGCUAGUUUAGAUAGAAAAUAUCUAAAAUUUCUUGGUGCAAGAAAUCACAAUGUACCUGUUCCAACUGCACAAUUUAGAAGUUAUAGAAGAGUUCUUCCUACAUCUACGCCUAAUAAGAAACAAGACUCUGUUCCAAAUUCGCCAGAUUUACAAAUGACAAUUGCAGGAAGUACAUUUUAUGGAUUAUGUGCAUCUCAUAGUGCUACUGAUAUGUCAAAUAAUACUCAAGAUAUGGGUGAUUACAGGCGUACUACAGACAGGUGUCUUAAUAACAGAAAUAGAAGACCAGAAGACUUACAAGGUUUUAUUACAUUAGAGGAAUUCAUGUUGCAACAAGAGGAUCAAAGACAAAUGACAAAAUCAAGAUCUAUAUCGCCACGAAUAACACCUUUAAUUAGCGAUCACGUUCAUGUUCAACAUAGGAACUUUCAUGAUAAUGAGACUGUUAAUGAACAAUCCAGACAUAUAGCUGAUGGAAUUUCAAAUAAUGAUGUUUAUGUUCAAAAUAAAAAUAGCGAUGAAGUACUAAAUAACACUGCUUCUGCAUGUGGGUAUACUCGGAAUAUGGACAACAUUCAUGUAAUGCGACAAUAUAGUGGAGAUUUCGAUUCAGAAAGAAAUGAAUAUAGAGGAGAAUCAUCAAAACAUGUAGUCCAUAAAAAGUCGAAUGAACUUUGUUACAUUAAUAAAAAAAAAUUGUCAGAUGGGUCAAAUCUUCAACAUCUAAAGUCAAGCAAUUCAUUUUAUUGUAAAGCUGCAACAAAUGAACAAAAACACUCUUCGUAUCACAAUAAGCCAAAUACUGUUGACAAGUCUGCAAGACAAAUGAACUUGAAUUGUGAAUGUAAUAUUUAUACGAAUCAAGCACAGUCUUCAAGUAAUUAUGAUAUUUCUAGAUCAUAUGAUUAUUAUUUACCUAAAAAUGUCAAUAAUUCAUCAGAGGAUAUAAAGCCAGUAUCAAAACGACUUACUCGAAAUGAUGGUUCUGGAUCUACUAAUGAUCUUACAUUUCAUACUUUUUACGAAACUUUGCAACGUGCAAAGAAAGAUGCAUCCAUUAGUCGCAAAGGAAGUUUCAAUUUAACAAAUCGUCGUAAUCAUGUUUCUUCGGAUAAGCAUUGGUUGGAUUCUUUGCGACGAGCUGAUAAAAAAGAAGCCAAUUAUGAUAAAACCCGUUUAAAAAAUGUAGCUCAGUAUCAACCACCACCCAUACCAACUUCUCCAUUCGAACAAGAAGGAAUGACUGCUGCAUUUGAAAUGCAUUUAGAUAAAGGUGAACAGGUUCAAAAACCAAAUCGUUUGAAAAACUUGUUUACCAAUAAAUGUCAGCACAAACCUUCUACACUUGAUUUGCCUAAAGAAACACAAAAGACAUUAUUAGGAUCACCGAGAUUACAUAGAGCGUUAUUUAGAGAAAAAUGUUACAACCAAUCACGAUUACUAAGUCGGUCGAACAGUCAGAGUCCUGGCGAUAGUGGAAUCAGUCAAUCUCUUAGUCCUUUCAGUGGAAAUAGUCCUCAAACUCUCAGUCAGAGUUUUAGUUCGGUUAGUUCUGUUAGUGAUUGGAGUCCAGAUACACCAUCGUCGUGUACUCCAAAUUUAAUAUUGAAAGCUAGUGUAAGUCAGUCCUCUUGUCCAAAGCACGCAAGCACAGGUAGAAACUUAUUGACACCACCGACAUUGCCUUAUAUACCACCACCUACGUCACCACCACCUGAUUAUCCUGGUCUUGAAUAUCCGCCAGUAUUUGAACCUGGUACUUAUUCUCUUUUGGAUGCUUCGCUGCUGCGUAAUCGUAACAAAAGCAAUCGAGAUACUCAUUAACCAAUGACAAUUUAGUUCAUUAAUCUACACAAUAAUAACCAAAGAUAAUAUGUUUCCUUAAUCAUUAUCUAAUCUCUGAUUUAUAUAAGGAAUUCAAAAGAAUAAUAUUUUUUCACAGAAGUAUUAAAAUUUAACCGUCUAUUUUAUAAGAAUCCAAAGGUUACUGAAUCAUUUUUUUAUAUAAAGUGAAAUUAUGAACUAUCCACUCAAUGACAGAGAUGAGAUAAUAAAUAAGAUAAUAAUGAAAAUUGAGUGGACGACUGAAAUUUAAUAUAUCAUUACUUUACAUACACGCUCAUGUAUAUGUAUAUUUUUUGAGUGACAAUAAAAGAAGGAAGUUCAACAAAACAUGUCAGACCCAAUUGAUUAUAUUGAUUUAACGGUGGAUCAACCAGAUCAACCUUUAAGAUUACGGAAUAGGAUUAUUAAAAAUAAUGCAAAGUCACGGAAACGUAAUUCCAAUAAACGGCAAACUGUACAGCUUCAAGAUUCUAUCAUAGAAAUACCAGUUGAAAAUACAUGUAAAGACGUCGAGCCAAUGGAAAUCAUAGAUCUAGACAAGAUCAAUAAUACAGAAGAAACUGGAAUAUGUUAUGUUAAUAAUUCUAAAGAAGAAAAUUUAAUUGUUUUGACUUGCCCCAUAUGCUAUGAACAGCUAUCUUCUAAAAUAAAACCUAUGUCUACUCCUUGUGGACAUAUAUAUUGUACACAAUGUUUAAAAUUAGCUCUAAGUAAAGUUAAAAAGUGUCCAACGUGCCAAAGAACUAUCAAAUUACAAUCUUGUACCCGUUUAUACUUUUAAACAUAUCAGUUUUGGCUUUCACAUUCAUUUGCUUUUUAUAUUUAUAUUAUUACGAGUAUAUAGUAUAUAUUUUACAUAUUUUACCUACAUACAAAAAUACAUAUAUUUAGUGAUAUUUUAAUAGUUGUGUGAAUUUCAAUGAUUAUUCUCUGAUUAUAUCUAAGAUAUCGUAACUUCUUUAUAUAUUCAUUGUAAUAAUUUAAGAUUUAGUUUUCAAUUUAUUAGAAAAAGGAAUUAAAGUUUUUAAUAAACUCUGUAAAUGUAUCUAUUUCAGUAUAUUUUGAUUUAAAGUAUGUUCACUAUUUAUGUUUUGUUGUCACCUUGAAAUCUUAUUGUCACUAAUUUACUUAACAUAACAUGGAUUAGUAUAUAUUUUUUGUAUAUGUGGCAUUGUCAAACUUACUGAUAUUAAAUAUUUCAUGUAAUUUGAUGUAUUCUUAUGAUUAAUAUCGUUACAAAAUGUUUAAGAAGACAAAAAUACAAAAAGAAAAUCAUAUGUCAUAUUUCUUUGGAGGUGCUGCAAUUGGAAUAGCAGGAUCUGAAAUUCUUGUCAAUAAAAAUAUAAAGAAAAAUUCUCAGGAUGAUAAUACCCAUAAUAAAUAUUCGACUAAAAAAGAUUGUACUAUUUCUAAAAGUGCUGCUCAACACAAUAAUAAUAACUAUGCAGAGAAGUCAUUGCCUCCAAUUUCUUCAAACACAACUGAUAAUGAAUUAAAAUAUAACAUGAAUAAUCUUAAUUCGAACUGCAAAUAUGACAAAGAUGACGGAAUCUUUUAUGAUAAAAAUCAUACUCUAUUUAAUAUAAAUAUAGAAGAUAAUAAUAAAUAUAAUACAUCUACUAAUAUUUUCUCAGAAAAUAUUAAGAAGACAAAGAAUAAUAAUAUUAAACAGAAAUCUCCAUGUGUUGCUCAAGAAAAUAACGUAAACAUUAAAGAUGAAACUUUAUUGAAAGCAGUAAAUGGAAAAAGAACAUUGAUAACUGAAAGUGUCGAUAACAAUAUAGAAUUGACAGACACAUUUAACAAUUUGUCUAUCAAUUUCUAUGAAGAUAAUACUACUUAUAAAAAUCUUCCAUAUAUAAAAAAUUUUGAGAUUAGUUCAAACAUUUCAUCAAAUUACAUAGAUAAUGCUAGUAAUGUGGCUACAUGUAACGAUACUACAUAUUCUGAUAAUGAAGAACGAGAUAUUUUGAAUUUUACUUCCAUGGAAGAAUUUUGUGAAACCGGUUUUUAAAUGCAUAUUGAAGUUAAGAAUCUUAAACAUCAUGGCGCAGAAAAUAUUUUGUAUGUAACUAAUUAUUAAUUUGCACUUAAACAUGAUACCAAUGGAAAAUAAUUAUCGAACACUCGUUAAGAUGUGUUUAUUUAAUGCUGUUUAUCACUGAUCACAUCUUUGCUGAGGUCAGAGAGUGAUGCCGGUUCACCAGAUCAAUGUUAAUCCGCCUGACCGGCAACCACCUCUGUCGCUUGGUCCUUCUAAUAAUAAUAGCCCUGCUGGUGGUGAAGGCUUACCAGAAUGGACACCAAGGAAUAUGUCAUUGUGAAGGCGAAGAAGGUGCUCCACUUUUAGCACCUUGUUAUUGCAGUGGCAGUUUACGUUAUGUACAUCAGGCUUGCCUUCAACAAUGGAUAAAAGCUUCAGACACACGUGCUUGUGAAUUAUGUAAAUUCACAUUUAUUAUGCAUGCUAAAACAAAACCAUUUUGUGAGUGGGAGAAACUUGAAAUGUCUGCCCUAGAAGUUCGUAAAUUAUGGUGUGCAGUUGCUUUUCAUGCAGUAGCUGCACUCUGUGUGGCUUGGUCUUUAUACGUACUCGUCGAACGAUCUGUGGAAGAAGCUCGACGUGGAUAUGUAGACUGGUCUUUCUGGACUAAAUUAAUAGUUGUUGUAAUUGGUUCUACAGGAGGUUUAGUUUUUAUGUAUAUUCAGUGCAAAGUAUACAUUACAUUAUGCAGAAAAUGGCGAGCAUUUAACAGAGUAAUAUUUAUUCAAAAUGCUCCUGAGAAAGUGGUGCUUCCUCCUUCACCUACAGACUCUUUGAGAGAAGUAACAUUGCCUCUAAAAGAUCCAACUGCCUCUAUGCCUGAGCUCAAUCAUACCUUAUUACCCCGUAACAUAGAUCCUCCAUGUGCCUCGCAGAUGGUAAAACCGGAUUCUGCCGCGCCUCCACAAAGGCACGACGCUCAAUUGAAAUUGUAUGUAUUUGAUAAAUUGUCAUCGUCCGAAGACAACUUGUAAUACAAUUGGGGGUAAUACAGAUGGCUGCUAAUUGUGUACUGAUGAUUAGCAAAAAAAAAACAAAAAAAGAAAAAAAAAGUGUAAUGCAAACAUAAGCAUACGUCUAGAAUAAGAUGGUAA